UGAUUCAUUUAUAUAUAUGCAGGUUGGAACUUGUUAUCGGUCCACAGCAUACAACUUCGAAAGAGUUCCUUUCCUUCUGUUUGUCUGUCUGUCUCAUAUUUUAUAUAAUUAUUUAUUGUUCUCUUCAUAAUUCCCUGGUAAAGAUUGGUGUAUCAGUUUGAGACUCCGAUCACUUCGUCGAAUAAUCUAAAUAAAUCUUUGUUGGAGCCUUGGGAUUCAGUUUAUUUGAAAGAUGGGAAGGCAACCAUGCUGUGUCAAAGUUGGGUUGAAGAGAGGGCCAUGGACUGCAGAUGAGGAUACGAAGCUUAUUAACUUCAUCCUCACCAAUGGCCAAUGCUGUUGGAGAGCUGUUCCCAAGCUUGCAGGAUUGUUAAGGUGUGGGAAGAGUUGCAGACUGAGAUGGACAAACUAUCUAAGACCAGACCUGAAAGGAGGACUUUUAUCUGAACAUGAAGAGCAAAUGGUCAUUGAUCUCCAUGCUCAACUUGGCAACAGAUGGUCUAAGAUUGCUUCUCAUCUCCCUGGAAGAACUGAUAAUGAGAUCAAGAACCAUUGGAAUACUCACAUCAAGAAAAAACUGAGGAAAAUGGGCAUUGAUCCUCUAACUCACCAGCCACUAUCUACUACCGAACAACAACAGCAGCAGCAAGAACAAGUUUCAAAAGCUGCUGUCAAGACUCAAGUACUGUGUAAAAUUAAGGAGCCUGAAACAUCCUUACAAUCCACAAUAACUGAAGCAAAGGAGGAAGAGAAGAGCAUGACAACAAGCCCAUUAUUUGACCCAAUGGAGGUGAUGAACAAUAUUGAUGGUUUUUGCACAGAUGAAGUUCCAUUGAUUGAACCCCAUGAAAUUUUAGUUCCUUGCUCUGCACCAUCAAAUUCUUCUUCCUCAUUCUCUUCUUGUGACUCUUCCAAGUUCCUCGAAGAAUUGCAGUUUCCUGAUUUUGGGUGGCCUUCUGAUUACAACAAUAGCAGCUGCAACAACAACAAUUUAAGCUUGUGGGAUGAUGAUUUCAGCAGUUGGGAUUGGCUAAUCAAUGAUGACGAUGGUGACAAAAAGCUAGCUCUUGCUUCAUUAUCAUCUCCUCUAAUUCAGUGUCCUAGAAUGGGUCUUGAUCAAGAUUAUGAGAUCUUAUGAUUUUAUUUUCAUUUCCUUUCUUUUCUUUUUAUAGGUGAGUCUUAUUUGUAAUUUGGGAAUCAGCUGUCACGUAAGAGAAAGAAAAAUAAGAUAUCAAGAAUCGGUGGGGAAAAGCCGUCAUUUAUUUGUUGUUUCUCCCUUCUUUUUUUAAGUCUUUUCCCGAAAAAUAAAAGUA